UUAUGACGAUCAUGAUUCAGUCUUUCGUACGAUUAUGUUACUUUCAUAAGCUAAAAAACAGCUGACUUUAGCAUUCGAUCACAUUAAUACUCUUAUUCACUUACUCACUUGGCCUGCGCAGGCGCAGCUGCGCUCGUUACUUUCUCCACUUCUCUUUCCCCUUCUGCCCAUUUCAUUCUUUCCUCACUCCUCACCUGCAUUUGCGUUUCCUCCUCCAUUUUCCGUUUGUUUCCCAGGAAGGGGAAAAGGAAACUUUUUUUUUUUGCUUCUCCGGCCAAACAACGACGAACCCAUCAAAACCCAGAGCCCGUCUUUGGCCGUUGAGGUACCCUCUCGCAUCAUUAUCUCCCACUCUCUCAAUUUCUCUUAGUUGCUUAAUUUGCUCUCUGCGGAUCCGCAAUUAGGGAAAAAUUAGCCUAAUGUGGUCUGAAUUACGAGCAGUCGCUACACAGAUCCAGAGCGUGAAUUCCGACUCUUUAAAUCCAGCCUCCGUGGAAUUUGGAGCCCAUUUGAGACUAUUGAUCUUAUAUACUUUCUUUGAUUAACCUGGUAUUUUGCUGCAGGUAUAAAUGUAUCCAAGUUAGGCUGAUGAAAAAUGGAAGCAAUGGCGUUUAAUUGAGCUACCGAGGGAAGUGGGGUGGAGAAAAAGUAUGUCGUCUUCGAGUAAGACUGAUAAGAAGGCGGCUGUGGACGCUGCCGCGUGGAUGUUCAAUGUGGUCACAUCGGUUGUAAUCAUCCUUGUGAACAAGGCAUUAAUGGCUACCUAUGGCUUCAGUUUUGCUACCACCUUAACCGGUAUGCAUUUUGCAACAACGACCUUGUUAACACUUACACUUAGGUGGAUGAAGUAUAUUCAGCCAUCUCACCUACCAGUAUCAGAGCUUCUUAAGUUUGUUCUGUUUGCAAACUUCUCCAUCGUUGGGAUGAACGUGAGUUUGAUGUGGAACUCGGUUGGAUUUUAUCAGAUUGCAAAGUUGACAAUGAUACCAGUUUCUUGCUUUCUGGAAGUUGUCUUAGACAACAUGCGAUAUUCAAGAGACACAAAGCUUAGUAUAGGAGUAGUUCUGCUCGGUGUAGGGGUGUGUACUGUCACGGAUGUCAGUGUCAACACCAAGGGGUUUUUAGCUGCAGUUGUCGCUGUUUGGAGCACUGCCCUGCAGCAAUAUUAUGUACAUUAUCUUCAGCGAAGGUAUUCUCUGAAUUCCUUCAACUUGUUGGGUCACACUGCUCCAGCUCAAGCUGGUUCUCUACUUUUAGUGGGGCCCUUUCUUGACUACUGGUUGACUACGAAAAGAGUCGAUGCUUAUCCUUAUUCCUUGACGUCUGUGCUGUUCAUAGUGCUAUCCUGCACCAUCGCCAUUGGAACAAACCUCAGCCAGUUCAUCUGCAUAGGCAGGUUCACUGCGGUUUCCUUCCAGGUCCUCGGUCAUAUGAAGACAAUUCUCGUGCUGAUCUUGGGCUUUGUCUUCUUCGGGAAAGACGACCUCAAUUUCCAUGUGAUUGUGGGCAUGGUCAUUGCUGUGGCCGGGAUGAUAUGGUAUGGCAAUGCCUCAUCGAAGCCUGGGGGCAAAGAGCGUCGGAGUUCCCCAGCUAACAGCAGCACCAAGUUCCAGAAACUGGAAACUGCUGAUGCUGAUGAGAAGGUUUAGACUCCACUAGAUAAAUUUAGAGCAGAAGAGGAACGCGGUAGCAAAAGGAAGAGGAAAUGAAAGAUUUUAGACUUGUCAUUUUAGAGGAAUUUUAGUUUUAAGUAUUGGAUGUUUGAUCAUAUAGCUUUUUUUUUUUUUUGUUAUAUAUGUAUUUGGAUCAUAUAUAUGAUAAAGUAUGGUUCCAAUUUCCAAAGGAGGUGAAAUACAAGAGCAAAGAAAAGAGUUAUUUGUGA